UAGUCAAAAUGAAUUUCAUUUUUUAUUCGGACGUAACUUUCAUAGUAAACAAACAAAUUGUUUCGCAGAUUCCGAACGAAUCAACGCAUUCCAAUCGCAUUAAAUGUGCCGAGCGCUGUUCAAUGUUGUUGUUGCUAUUCACAUUUGAUGAAAGUGAAGACAACACCAAGUGCAAUAAAUUAUAUUUUUAUAUAUUCAUUUAUUUUUGAAUGGAAAAAAACGGUCGAGUGAUAAGAAAGUCGAGCUGAGGAUUACUGUAGAAAAAAAAAACAUUUCACACAACAGCACGACAAAACGGAGUAGCAGAAGUAGCAGAAAUUUUACUUUUUUUCUGUAUGCUAAUAUUUUGCGAGCUUGGUGAAACGAUUGUCAUUCCACUGUCAAAACAAAAUACGUAAGUUCGACUGACAGCUGCUGAUUUGACAUUACUCACUUUACUUCAAAUACACGAGUACAACAAGUGUGUGUUAAUCACCACCAACCAUAACACACAUUACGGAUCCAUACAUCGAAACCGUCAGAUGUCUUUUUUUAUUGUUGUUGUUUAAUUUUUUUUUAACGUAAACUAUUGUUUUACUUUUCGUGUGUUGCAAUUUUAAUGAUUGACAGUCUAUAUCAAUAAAAUUUCACUUGGUAUUUCUUUUGUCGUUUCAUUGGUUGAGUGUUACGUUUCACCACAAUUUGCAUAUUUGUUGUUGUGUAUUGAUUUGAAUUUUAGUUUGGAUUGAACUUGUGCGUAUAUUUGGACUGUAAAUUCUCUUGUUUUUAUUGUGGUGUAGAAUAAAAGAAGAAGAAGAAGGCUGAAAAAAUAAAAACCCAUACAGACAACCACAAGAUUUGCCCACUUCUUUCUUGACGUUGAUAAGCGAAUACAAUGGAUGAAAAAGAAAAAAAUGAGAAAAAAAUGUACAAAAGAUGAUAAAAAAUUUCAAGAAAAAAUUAAGAAGAAUUGGUCGAUAUUUUUGGCGUUGCCAUUGUUUUGGCACAACGCGCGUUCUGCCAAAUGAAUUGAAUAAAUUCCACAAAUUAAAAUGAAACAUUAAAUAAAUAGUAAACAAUAAAAACAAUCAACGUCAAUUACAAGUGUGAAACGACAUAAAUUGUAUAGAAAACAGGAACAGAAUUGAGCAAGUAAAAUCAUGUAGAUGAAGAGAAAAAAAGGAGCCCAGCUCUCUAUAGAGCAGAUCACAAAUGAAGCAUACACACACACAACACACUGCAUACAGUCGUAACCUUCACUUAAUGAAAAUAAACAAAACAAUUUGUUAUCAGGCGUUUGAAAUUGGAAAAAAAGAACUUAUUUCAGAGCACGGAACGAAUAAGAGUUUUCUGGACAGUUUAUUGGUUCUACUUUUCGAAUCAAUUACAGACGGUGUUUAAAUCAAUUUUCGAAAUCAACAAAAAGUGCCAAAAAGAGAAGAAUAUCAGAAUUAAAGGCAUCAAAAAGUAUGCACAUAAUCAUUUGGGCUUAGACAAAAAAUUGGUUCGAACGCAACGAAGAGAGAGAGAUAGAGACAUAGAGAUAUUGAUAAUGUUUUAUAGUUUCCGCACUUAAGCUGCACAACGUCGACAUUUUAUUCCGGUACUUUUCCCCGCUGCUUUUGGAACGUGUUGUAAACUUUUUUCCAAUUUUUCAUUUGCUCACUUCACCCGUUCUGGGCCGCACCGUUGUGCGAGUAUCCUUGUGUUGAUUUGUGCUGUUGUUGUUACUGCUCUGCCUCGUGUAUUGAGCAAAAUGAUUAAAACAAUCGACGUUCAACUGGACACGUACUUGCUUAAUACGAACAUUAUUGAGCGCCUAUUGCCCAUUUCUUUUCACAGUUCACGCACGCAGUGAGGCAAAGCGAUAGAAUCCGCUCAUUUCACAAUUUCCUAGCUCUUCGAUCACAUUCAGUCCUGUUGUGUACAUGUGAACAUAUAAAUAAUAUUCGUACCGUGUGAUUCUCAUUGGCCAAACGUAUAUUAUGCGCAAUACUGCUUCGACUGUUAGCCUAAAGCCUUAAAUUGAAUUUAAUUGAACCCCGACGCAAAACUAACAGCAAUUGCACGCGUUUAUUAUGAUUGGUUCGAGCAAUUAUGUAGAGAAUAUUCAACCACCGACAAUAAUCAUCAGCGAUGAAGCACUCAACAAUAAUAUUCACAAUAGGCCGACAUUAACACUUUAUUCGGAUGAACAGAACAACAACUAUCAGGUCAUCGAUAGUUCGGCUGUUGAAUAUUUCAGCCAUAACGAUCAAACAAAUGGAAAUUUCCUAUGUUUGUCAAACAAUGUCAUCAAUUUGGAUGAGAUUCCGAUAUCGGUAUUGCGAACAAAAAGUCGCGAUCUACUAUCAAAACGGUUGAAUGCAAUUAAAGUGAUUUUAUCGGAGAACGGUGCUCCACGUGAUUGGCGCGGCGUUCUCAAUAGCAUUGGCCUGAGUGAUGUAGUGAAUACAGUGCAACAGAAAUCCGAUGAAAUGAAGGAGGUGCUUGACUUAUGGAUGAAUACACGUAAAACCAGCGCUACAUUAGGAAAUUUACAAACUAUUCUCGGCAAUAUCGAUCGAUGGGAUGUUGUCGACGAUACAAACGAUUAUUUUGUUGAAGACGCAAAAAUGUAUUUGAAUGAAAUUGCAAAACUAAAGGAAAGCAAAAGUGUGGACAACAAAACCAAAACAAUGGAAAUGAAGGAGUGUCCGGCAUUAGAUGAAUCUGAACUAUUAACACAUGACGAUUUACACCGAGCAAAGAUGGGUUUACCGCCACAACGAUACGACGCUUAUUUAUUGUUUGACUCUGAUAACGAUAUCAAUUUCGCCACCGAAAUACUUACGAAAAUGGAAACCGAGUAUAACUUAAAGCUUUGUUUGAAAGAGCGAGAUUUGAUUGGUGGAACGUUCGAGAGUGACGCCAUCAUGCGGAUGAUAUCUGAGCGAUGUGAUCGGUUGAUUGUGAUCUUUUCAAAGGCAUUUUUUGAAAGUUUGGCAAAUACGUUUUUCGUGAAAUUUGCCCAGGCGCUCGGUAUCGAGCAACGUAAACGCAAAAUCAUUCCAUGCAUGAAUGAAAGUUGCACAGUGCCGGCGUCACUUCAAUAUUAUUUCAUAUUAAGGUACCGAGAAACCACAGCAUACUUCAAUUUCUGGCAUAAAUUGUACCAAUCUAUUCAGAGUGUGCCGAUGAAUCGAAAUUCCAGUUUAGCCAAUAUGCCGAGAAUAACCAUCACCGAAUUCGAUAGCCCAUCGACAAUGGCAUCUAUUGAGUCUCAGCCGCAACCGCAACAUGCGACAAUUCAAAAUCGUUAUGACUCUGAAACACUAAAUAAUAAACAGCAAAAACGCAAGGACAAAUCUCCAAAGUCAUCGUCACCCAACACACCGACUAGCAUCAAGAAAUUUUGGAACAAUCUACCAAAGAUUGGUUCACAAUCAACGAUUUCGUCAUCGAUGUGGACACUGGGCGUCACCGAUAACAUACUCGAUAAAGAAAACGAACGUUGCCACAGCUCUCUAUCAUUGAACAAUUCCAUGAAUUCAAGCCCAACACCAACCAAAUACAAGAAAACAAAAUGGUUUAAAAAAUUACUCUCGCCAAGCAGUGCCAAGCUGUCGGCUGAAUCUGAUAGUAGCGUAGGAACAGAGAACACAGACAAAAAGAAAAAAUGGUACCGAAAACGGUUCCGAAGUCGCAGCAAAAGUCGCGAGGCAACAGCGGCAGCAGCCACAGCAACAGCAAAUGAAGUUUAAACCAUACACUACUCUAUGCAAAUCAAGCACUAAAACAUCGCACAACGACAUAUCAUCAUUCAAAAAAUAAUUCGUUUUUUUUCUGUACUAGGCUUAGAAAUGCAACGUGUUCGUGCCUUACAUUCAUAAAAAUCAUCAAUUUUAUUGCACACCAUAAUUUCUCUUCCCUGAAUGACUUUUACGCGAUAGAUGUUAGGCAAAGUAGAUAUUCUUUCUCUCUCUCUCUCUCUCUCUCUCUCUCUCUCUCUCUCUUUCUCUCUAUUUUUUGUUCGUUUACGGGAAAUCUCUUGAUUGUUUUACCUCACCCACAAAAGAUAAUUAAUUAUAUUUCUAUUUUUACUUGAAUUUGUAGUGAUGUAGUUUAGGCGAAUGAAAUGCAUUUCACACACGCAAAUUGGCGCGGUGUUGCAAAAAUUUCAACUGAUAUUACGAUUUGGAAAAAAAGAAGAAGAAGAAGAAGAAUAAAAUAACAACUAAAUUAAUCUACAUAGAAAA